GUUUCCCGGGCAGAGCGGCAGGGACCACCGCAUCACCGACCUGCUCCUCUUCGGAGCAACAAGUGCUUUUUUCUGCGGGACGUUGACGCUCCUCCGGACCGGUUACCGACGCGGUUGCUCCUGCCCGGCCGGACUGAUGCGCGCCUCGCCGGUCCUUCUCUUCUGCGCCCUGGCGGCGGCCGUGGCCCAGGAGCCGGACCACAGCCACGGCUGCGCCCACGGCAGCUGUUACCCGGCAACCGGAGACCUGCUGGUGGGCCGGGAGAAGAGCCUGAAGGCCUCGUCCACCUGCGGGAUGAUCCGGAAGGAUCCGUACUGCAUCGUCAGCCACCUGCAGGAUGAGAAGAAGUGUUUCGAGUGCGACUCCCGGCGGCCGUACGACCCCGUCUACAACACCAUCAACCACCGGAUCGAGAACGUCAUCACCACCUUCAAACCGCACCGGAAGAACUGCUGGUGGCAGUCGGAGAACGGGAAGGCGGACGUUUUCAUCCAGCUGGACCUGGAGGCCGAGUUUCACUUCACCCACCUGAUCAUGACGUUCAAGACGUUCCGGCCGGCGGCCAUGCUGAUCGAGCGGUCGGCGGACUUCGGCCGGACCUGGCAGGUUUACCGCUACUUCGCCCACGACUGCGCCGCCGCGUUCCCGGGAAUCUUCCAGGGACCGCUGAGCAACGUCAACGACGUCGUCUGUGAGUCGCGCUACUCCGACAUCGAGCCGUCGUCGGAGGGAGAGGUCAUCUACAAGGUUCUCGACCCGGCCAUCAGGAUCCAGGACCCGUACAGCCCCGACAUCCAGAACCAGCUGAAGAUCACCAACCUGAGGGUGAACUUCACCAAGCUGCACACGCUGGGGGACAACCUGCUGGACCCGCGGGCCGAGAUCAAGGAGAAGUAUUACUACGCCGUGUACGAGCUGGUCGUCCGCGGGAACUGCUUCUGCUACGGACACGCGUCCGAGUGCGCGCCCAUCGACGGCAUCCGGGGAGACAUCGAGGGCAUGGUUCACGGGCGCUGCGUCUGCAACCACAACACCAAGGGGCUGAACUGUGAGCUGUGUGACGACUUCUACAACGACCUCCCCUGGAGGCCGGCGGAGGGACGGAACACCCACGCCUGCAAGAAAUGCAACUGCAACGGCCACUCCAGCCGGUGCCACUUCGACAUGGCCGUGUUUCUGGCCACCGGUAACGGCAGCGGGGGCGUCUGCGACGACUGCCAGCACAACACGGCCGGGAGGAACUGUGAGACCUGCAAACCCUUCUACUACAAGGACCCGAGCCGGGACAUCAGGGACCCACGGGUCUGUCUGGCGUGCGACUGCGACCCCGACGGCUCCCAGGACGGCGGCCUCUGCGACGGCGGCACCGACACGGUCCUGGGCUCAGAGGCGGGUCGCUGCCGCUGCAAGAGCAACGUGGAGGGGCCGCGCUGCGACAAGUGCAGGACCGGGUUCUUCGGGCUCAGCGCCGACAACCUGCAGGGCUGCCAGCCCUGCCAGUGCGACCCCCGGGGAACCGUGUCCAUCAGCUCCCAGUGUGACCCGGUCAGCGGAGACUGUUUCUGCAAACGGCUCGUGACGGGACGGAGCUGCGACCAGUGUCUGCCCGAGCACUGGGGCCUGAACCACGACCUGAACGGCUGCAGAGGCUGCGAGUGCGACGUCGGGGGGGCGCUAGACAACCACUGCUCCAUGGACAACGGCCAGUGUCGCUGCCGCAGUCACAUGACCGGCCGCCAGUGCACCCAGGUGGAUUCUGGGUACUUCUUCAUGGCCCUGGACCACUUCCUGUACGAGGCCGAGUUCGCCACCAUGGGAGGGGGCAGCACAGUGGAGACCCGGGAGCACCAGCCGGGUCGUCCCGCCACCUGGACCGACCUGGGCUUUGCUCUGGUCCCCGAAGGAGGAACUCUGGAGUUCCAGAUCAGCAACAUUCCGUUCUCCAUGGAGUACGAGCUGCUGCUGCGCUACGAGACGCAGAUGCCGCGGGACUGGGAGGAGGUUCGGAUCUCGGUGGUGCGUCCGGGUCCGAUCCCGACCAGCAGCCCGUGUGGAAACACCAUCCCCGACGACGACCGGCUAACGGCAGCGCUGCCGGCCGGGUCCCGGUUCCUGGUGGUCCCGCGGCCCGUGUGCCUGGAGGCCGGACUGACCUACACGCUCCGGCUGGAGUUCACCCGCUACCAGGACGCCAACAGCAUCCAGACCGGGGGGGCCUACGCCGGGGGGGCCGGAGGGGCCGGGGGGGCCUACGCCGUCCUGCUGGUGGACUCGAUCGCCCUGAUGCCGCGUCACGUUUCCAUGGAGAUGUUCAACGCCGGCGACCCCGGCUCCACCGCCCGGCGGCAGAGCUACGAGCGCUACCGCUGCCACGAGGGCGCCAAGGGCGUGAUCCGGCCGGCCAUGAGCGACACCUGCGCCAAGCUGAUCAGCAGCAUGUCGGCCGUCAUCAACGACGGGGCUCUGCCCUGUAACUGCGACCCCCAGGGCUCCCUCAGCUCUCUGUGUGACGUCCGGGGGGGUCAGUGCCGCUGCAAGCCCAACGUGAUCGGCCGGCGCUGCCACCAGUGUUCCCCGGGAACCUACGGCUUCGGACCGUCUGGCUGCUCCGCCUGCGGUUGCAGCCUGGAAGGCUCAGUGAGCCGGUUCUGCGACGAGUCGUCGGGCCAGUGCCCGUGCCGGCCCGGGGCCUUCGGGCCGCGCUGCGACGGCUGCCAGACGGGUCACUGGGGCUUCCCCAGCUGCCGGGCCUGCCACUGCAACGGCCACGCCGACCACUGCGACCAGCGGAGCGGAGCCUGCAUCGGCUGCAGGGACAACACCGGAGGAGACAAGUGUGACAGGUGUGCUGACGGUUACUACGGUAACCCGGUUCUGGGCGGGGCCUCCAGCGGGCAGUGCCGGCCCUGCCCCUGCCCCGACGGACCCGACAGCGGGCGACACUUCGCCACGUCCUGUUACCAGGACAACCGCAACCGGCAGAUCAUCUGCAACUGCAACCAGGGCUACACCGGGAUUGUUAAACGCUCCGGGGUGACCGUUUUUAAGCGGGCCCGGUGCGAGGAGUGUGCUCCCGGUUACUACGGCAACCCGUCCCAGCCGGGCGGCCGCUGCCAGCCCUGCCAGUGCAACAACAACAUCGACAUGUCGGACAUGGAGUCCUGCGACCGGCGCACCGGCGCCUGCAGGAAGUGCCUGUACAACACGGAGGGCGACGCCUGCGGCGUCUGCCGGAGCGGAUACUUCGGAGACGCGGCGCGGCGCAACUGCAGGAAGUGCACGUGUAACUUCCUGGGGACGGAGCUCAGCCAGUGCAUGGAGCGCGGCGACUGCGUGUGCCAGCGGGCCUCGGGCCAGUGCCAGUGCCGGCCCAACGUGGUGGGCCUGUCAUGUGAUCACUGCGCCCCCAACCACUGGAACAUGGGCGGGGGCGCCGGCUGCCAGCCCUGCGACUGCGACCCCAACAACUCGGUCACGUCGUCGUGCAACGAGUUCAGCGGUCAGUGUCAGUGCCGCGACGGCUUCGGGGGGACGACCUGCCGGGACUGCCAGGAGAACUUCUGGGGAGACCCACGGAUCCAGUGCAGAGCGUGCGACUGCGACUGGCGCGGCAUCGAGACGCCGCAGUGCAGCCGGGCGACGGGCCACUGCGCCUGCAAGCCGGGCGUGUCGGGCGUGCGCUGCGACCAGUGCGCCCGCGGGUUCUCCGGCCAGUUCCCCCACUGCCAGCCCUGCCACCAGUGCUUCGGGGACUGGGACCGCAUCGUGCAGGACCUGGCGGUUCGCACCAAGACCCUGGCGGAGCGGGCCCACGAGAUCCAGAGCACCGGCCUCACCGGGCCCUACGAGAAGUUCUUCAAGGCCCUGGAGGAGAAGCUGGCGCGGGCCCAGGGCAUCGUCAACGCCCGCAACGCCACCGCCGCCGCCGUGGGGACCCUGAUGGAGCUGAUCGAGGACCUCAGGGCUCACAUCGGCGAGACGACGGACACCCUGAACCGGCUGGAGGGCGACCUGACGCUGGUCCAGGACGGCAGCUCGGAGGCGGGGAAGGAGCUGAGCGCGCUGGAGCGCGAGGCCCGGGAGCUGAACCUCAGCUCGGCGCUGCUGCACCGGCAGCUGGACGUCCUGAAGAACUCCAACUUCCUGGGGGCGUUCGACAGCAUCCGUAGCUCCUACAACGUCUCCCGCGACGCCGAGCGCCGCGCCAACGCGUCCACCGUGGCCCGGCCCAGCACCGUCAGCCGCUCCGCCGACACGCGCCGCCGCACCGAGCGCCUCAUCGCCGCCAAGAAGGACGACUUCAACCGCAAGAACUCGGCCAACAAGCGGGCGCUGGGAGACCUGAGCGUCCGGGCACAGGAACUGGACCUGAAGACGAUCAACGAGAAGGUCUGCGGAGAGCCCGGCGACGCCCCCUGCGGGGAGAGCCCGUGUGGAGGGGCCGGUUGCCGCGACGACGAGGGGAACCGCCACUGCGGAGGCCUGAACUGCAACGGCGCCGUGGCGGCGGCGGAGAACGCCCUGGAGCGGGCCGGCCGGGCCGAGACCAAGCUGGGCCGAGCCGUGGAGGAGAUGCAGGGACUCUUCAGCAAGGUGGCCGAGGCGAAGUCCCAGGCGGAGGAUGCGCGGAGCAGAGCCCGGGCAGCGCUGGAAAAAGCCUCGGCCACCAAGACCAAGGUGGAGAGAUCCAACAACCAGCUGAGAGACCUGAUCAAGCAGAUCCGGGAGUUCCUCACGCAGGAGGGGGCCGACCCCGACAGCAUCGAGGCGAUAGCCAACCACGUGCUGGAACUCUCCAUCCCGGCGUCGCCGCUGCAGAUCCGGCUCCUGGCCGACGAGAUCAAGGACCGGGUCCGGAGUCUGGCCAACGUCAACAACAUCCUGCAGGAGACGGAGGAGGACGUGAGGGGGGCAGAGCGGCUGCUGCUGGACGCCAAGAGAGCUCGGCACCACGCCGAGGGCGUGAAGACGGCCGCCGAGACGGUGACCCAGGCCCUGCUGGACGCCCAGACGGCCCAGACCUCGGCGGAGAAGGCCAUCGCCCGGGCCAGGACCGACAUCGGGGACACGGAGAACCGGCUGGCAGAGAUCGAGUCGGAGACGACCACCAGCGAGAAGGACCUGGACGACGCCGUGGGCCGGCUGGGCACGCUGGGCCACCAGAUCAACCUGCUGAAGACCAAACGGGCCAACAACAGCAUGGCGGCGGCCCGGGCCGAGGAGACGGCCACCAUGGCCCGGGACAAGGCCAACGAGGCGGUGCAGAUCCUGGAUGGCCAGCUGAUGGAUAAGUUCAACGAGGUGCAGCAGCGGGUCGACACCAAGGCCAAGGUGGUGCUGGACGCCAAGAAGAAGGCCGAGGGAAUCCGGGAGGAGGCCAAGGAGCUGCUGAAGGACGCUCAGGACAAGCUGCAGCGGCUAGCAGAGCUGGAGAAGAGCUACGAGGAGAACCAGCGGCGGCUGGAGGGAAAGGCCCGGCAGCUGGACGGGCUGGAGGAGAAGAUGAGGGGAAUCCUGCACGACAUCAACAAGCAGAUCCGGAUCUACAACACCUGCCAGUAAAACCCACCCCCCAAACACGCAGCUAACCGACAAUCAGCUGGAACUAAAGACACUCUGCAAGCCGGCGUGCGUUUAAUCCGUGAAUAUAACCAGAAGUGAGCGUGUCGUCUGUCAACGAGCACAUAUUUUACUUUGAAAUUCAUGUCUGCACAUUAUUUCUGCUUUUAUUUUGAAAGGAAUCUUGAAUGGAGAUGUUUAAAUGUUUUAAUAUUCAGAUGAAACACUAAUGCACAGAUUUAAAACCAUCUGCGGGUUGAUUUUUGUUUUGAAUCUGUUAAGUUUUUUUAUCUUUUUAACAGUAGCGUUGAUCAUGUGAACAGUCGCGUCGGCGUGUUUGUUUUAGAGCAGGCGCUCAUCGUCAUCAUCAUCAUCGUCAUCAUCAUUAUUAUAAUUAUUAUUUAUACUGUCACUGACUUUCAAAUAAUCCAAACUUCUUGGGCCGCCAUCGCCACGGCAACGGCAUUAGACAAACACAAGUAAAUCCAGAUUCCUGCGCUGCUUCUGCUGCAGGAGACGGUUAUCUCGGCGUAACGACUCUAACUCUCGUUAGCGACGCUGCAGGUUUGUUUUUCACGUCAGCUGCAGAUCCGAAUCCGGCGCAACCGCUUUUUUCUCCAGGCCGUUUAACUGUGGAUCAGUUGAGCGCGUGAUCGCCGCCGCGGUUCGCCUUCGUUUAGACUCGGAGACGCGCGGCCGCGCCCCGUUUUUAUGAGAAACGCCCAACGCGCCCCCUGGUGUUCGUUCAGGGAGGUGCAGCUCUGCCAGGUCGACCGGCGCCGGCGAGACCUUUUUUGUUCGGAAGAACUUCCUCUGUUUUGUUUGUUUUGAGUAUUAGGGCCAAACUAAGACAAAAAAAAUUGGAAAUUACGAGAAUAAAGUCAUAAUAAUAUGAGAAUAAAGUCGUAAUAUUAUGAGAAUAAAGUCGUAACCAGAAUAUAACUUCACAAGAGGCUCAAUAUUCCUCAUUUUAACACAGGGAGAAGAUGCUCUUCCUGUUAGAGUUCCCAUAAAUUACGACUUUAUUCUCGUAAUAUUACGACUUUAUUCUCGUAAUAUUACGACUUUAUUCUCGUAAUAUUACGACUUUAUUCUCGUAAUAUUACGACUUUAUUCUCAUAAAUUACGACUUUAUUCUCGUAAUAUUACGACUUUAUUCUCGUAAUAUUACGACUUUAUUCUCGUAAUAUUACGACUUUAUUCUCGUAAUAUUACGACUUUAUUCUCAUAAAUUACGACUUUAUUCUCGUAAUAUUACGACUUUAUUCUCAUAAAUUACAACUUUAUUCUCGUAACAUUACGACUUUAUUCUCAUAAAUUACGACUUUAUUCUCGUAAUAUUACGACUUUAUUCUCGUAAUAUUACGACUUUAUUCUCAUAAAUUACGACUUUAUUCUCGUAAUAUUACGACUUUAUUCUCAUAAAUUACGACUUUAUUCUCGUAACAUUACGACUUUAUUCUCGUAAUAUUACGACUUUAUUCUCAUAAAUUACGACUUUAUUCUCGUAAUAUAACGACUUUAUUCUCGUAACAUUACGACUUUAUUCUCGUAACAUUACGACUUUAUUCUCGUAAUAUAACGACUUUAUUCUCGUAACAUUACAACUUUAUUUUCGCAACAUUAUGACUUUAUUCUCGUAAUUUCCAAUUUUUUUUUUAUUUGUCUUAGUUUGGCCCUAAUACUCCGUCGUACAUUUCAGCGACUUCCUUCACUCCAACGCGUCCAAAUGUUCGUUCAGCGUCUACAGAAACUUUCCACGCCGCUAUUUGAAGCUUCCAGUAAUUAUAUUUUUUAAAACUGGAAUCAGUCCAAAUAGGUUUGGAGGGUUCGCGGGACGAUACGGUGCCGUAAACGCAGCCGUCGCCAGGGGCGACCAGGAGGAGGCGACAAAGUCCCCAGAGAUGAUUUUUUGCCGCUAGUGGCGACGAGAGGUCACAGUCGCUAAACGACGCUUCCCAAAAUUAGUAAAAUGUUCUUUUAAAGUGAAUUGAAACAUAUUUUAACCUCCGUGGAGCUGAAAUCCGGAUUCACCGGAUCGGUGGCGGCAGAAACAAACCUCUCUGAGACGAUCGGCAAAGAAACGUUGCUCUGUUGAAGUGACGGUAUUUUCUUUAUUAUUUGAUACGAUAUUUACGUUGUGCAUGAGACUUUGUGUUUGAUAAAAAUAUAAUAAACCAAAAAGUUUUUUUUUUUAUCAGUUUCAGCUGCAGGAACAUACCUGAAAACUACCAAAGCAAAAACACAGAAACCAAAAGAACCUGUCAGGUUUCACGCUGUACGCUGUUGUGAAUAAAGCUCAAAGCUGCAGCUUCUUUCUUCUGAA